UCGGCGCGCACGGUUUUCGGAUGGGCUUUUUGUCGUCUAUUUCUCUUCACUUCUUUUUUUCUUACAACGAACUAUCAUCUAAACAAUUAUAUAAGAAAAGUGCUUCUUUUAAUUAUAUGCGAAUCGUGGUUAGAAAAAAAAAUUAAUUACCAUUAAGUGAACUGAAAUUUUCCAGAGAACAUUUAAUAUAAGAAAAAAAAAAAAAAGAAAUGAAUAGAAGAAGAUAAUAAAUUUGGUGAACAAGGAUACGUGAACUUGCAAUGAACGUUAAUAGUGUAUUUAAAAUAAAGUGAAAUUACUUUUUUAUUAUUGCUGUUGUUUUUAUUUUAUUUUUUGUUGUCCAUUUUAAUAUGGUACAAGAAGAAAAUGUUAUCAGUGAGUUUGAUAAUUAGUUAUGUGACACUAACAUCGAUACGUUCAUUUAAAUCUAUCUUCUAAUUGACGUUUAUUUAGUAUUAUUGUUAAAAUUAAUGACAAGAUUUACUAAUCUCGUUCUUUUUCGAUCUACAUAUCUUGACCUCGUGACUUGUGCGUCAUUCGCGCAUAGUACAUGGACAUGCGUAUAUAUGUAAAAGGAUUUUUCUUCUUUUCCUUCGUUCCUGUUGUAACACAGUGUGAUACCAGUGUAAUCAACAAUUUUCAAUAAAAAUUAUUACAUAAAAAUAAAAAUAUUUAAACAUUCGUGAAAGAAUGAUAAUGUGAGAUAAUAAAAAAUUAUAUCAUAAAAUCGAAAACAAAUAAAUAAAAUUAGAUCAAAGGAUAUUGUUUGUGUAUUGUCGUAAUAAUAACGCGAGUGUGUUAAUCGUGCUGUAUUAUUGAUAAUAUUUUGUAUGUUAUUCGUAAAAAGAAAAAACUAUAAAUAAAAGAUCAACGAAACUGUAAAGGAACCUUCAAGUGUGGUAUACGUUUAGUUAUUCAUUUAAAUUUCAAGAAAUUUCUACAACGCGAGUGAGACAUUAAAGAUUUCGAACGAGGUACAUUAAAACGUUUAUAAAUCGUGCAAACAUUUUUUCAACAAGAAGAUCGAUAGUUUUGCGAGUUUUCUUAUUGUCGUCAAUUUUUUCACCAUUCGUAACCAUCAAAGAUUUAGUUUUCUUUGGAUUUAUUUAAUUUCUUUGACGUUAUUUCACAAGAGAAUGCAGUCCGCCGAAUGUUCGUGACGAUUACAGCGAUAAAACUACGAGUAGUGAUGAAAGAAAAAAAGCAUCAAAAACAACAGCGACGACGAUUCGUGAGAACGUUUUUAAGAAGCAUCGAAAUUCCACGAAGAGAACGCAGGAAAGAAAAGUUCAUUGAAAAAAGCCGAGAGGAAUCGAUGAGAAUCAAGACGAGUCGAGUGAAGGUCUUACGUGGUUGUUAUCAUUCUUGUGAACACUCGAUCUUUAUGUAUAACACGAGCAAUCAUCGUGAAACAAAUUCAUCGGAAAGUUUUAGAGUAUGGGAAGUGUUGAAGGAAGUACGAUCAGAAGGAUAAACGAGACGAGAAGUUCCUGAGUCAACGAAGCGAAGUUCAUAGUUGACGUGUUAAGAUGUCGUCUGGGAUACCUCAUCAUGGUAUGCGAUGGUUAUCGUGAGAAGAACUUGGGGUGUAGUCAAAUAAACGUGUGAGAUCGAUGAAACUCUCGUGUUAGAAGGAAACUCGUUGAUGCUAGGAUACGAACGAGAUUUUAUUAGAUCGACGAUGAAGAAUGUGACGAAUCCUGUCAGGAUUUUUCUACUACGAGUAAGAAGGUGUUAAGAAAAAAAAAACGAAGAGAAUGGAGCAAGUUCCUGAAGGUUGAGAGAGAACGACAUUGUAUUAAAGGAAGAGAGAUAGAAAGAGAGAAAGAGAAAGAGAGAGAGAGAGAAAAACACGAAUGAGAGGAUCAUCGAUAAUGACAAGUUGGAUAAUGCAGCCGACCGCCUCAACUCUCGGCAUAAUCGCCAUCAUUUUCAUCAUGAUCACUGCCACGGCAUCAGAAGUCGAGAACGGUGGCGCCAUCGGGCUUGAUAUCAAUCAUCCUGAAGCCAGGAACACGGAUGAAGAUCAUCGACAUUUUCCGAGUAAUAUAAGGAAUAUUAGGAAUAACAACAGCAACAACAAUAGUAAUAACAAUAACAAUAACAAUAACAAAAACAACAACAACACUAAAGAUAAAGAGAACAACAAUUUGGCUGGAAAUAAAAUAAGUGUUAAUUCUACGAUAAGUUUAUCUUAUCCAAAGAAAAAGAGAAAAUUAGAGCUAACAACGUUAUCCUUUACGAUGACGACUAUCGUUAACAGGAAUAAUAUUACUGGAGAGGAAACGAGAACCGACAUUCUCGAAGAUGAGAAUAUCGAACUGAGAAUUCAAAGGGACGAAAACAAGGGCCAAGCUAUAGUCAGGAUUCAGGAUGAUCUAACGCAGGACCCAGCCUCGACGAUCAAUCCUCUGAGAUCCCAUCAAAGGGUACCAAGUGACGUCACUACGUCCAGGGAUUUCUCGAUAGUUGGUUCAAGCAUCGAAAGCCGACCGGAAACCAAUGUCACAGUUAAGGCUACGUUCCUGGAAGUUCUACAACAGGAUCCCUCGACGAGUAGUAGGAGUAGUAAUAGUAAUAGUAGUAGUAGUAGUAGUAGUAGUAGUAGUAGUAGUAGUAGUGGUGGUGGUGGUGGCGGUGGUGGUGGUGGUAGUAAUAGAAACACCAGCAACAGGAACGACGUCGAGUCAUCGUCGUCCUCGUCCUUGUCCUCUUCGAGUAACGUCAGAUCGAACGAGCUUCAUCGAUCUUCAGGUUUACAGUUACGCUUAGAGAACGAGCUUGAUCAAGAACACGAUCAUGGACGUUUGGAAUCAUUUAGCGUACGUACGAUCGAUUCACCGGUCUCGGUACUUCGUGUUACCGAAUCGAUCGAACGCAAGGAUCUGAAUGACAUCAAAGCGAUAUCCUUUCAAGUUCCAAAGCCAGAAUUACUAGAAGAAGUAACAAACGAUAAUGAGAAAGUACACGAUAGGUUGGACACUUAUGGUAAAUCUGUUCGAAGUAACGUUGCCAGUGAUUCAGUGGGAAUCGACGAUCCUGUUAAAAUGCCCACCGAAACUAGAAAGGAUCAUCCUAGGGUGAUGAACGAACUGUUGAUACCUGGUAGCGAGAAAUCGACCAAAGCUUUCUACGAGAUCAAACCAUCGGUUAAAACAGAAGUUGAAAGAGUUAAUGAUAGUAGUCGUCAUCAAUCGAUACUUACUACUACUCAAAAAACUUUGUUGGGUGGAAAAUUUGUUUUACCGAGCGUUGAAAGUGCUAUAGGAAAAUUUGGACCUUAUUUUAUUGAUGGUGAUCAAGAAAUUAACGUCACUGCCAGGAUCGGUACCACUAUUAACCUUGACUGCAAGAUUGGCUUACUUGGUAAUAAACAGGUUACUUGGGUGCAACAACACUUGGAUUCCUUCCGACUAUUAACCGUUGGCAAAAUUCCAUACAGUAUUGAUGAAAGGAUCAAUCUUCAUUUUCGGUACCCAAGUAACUGGAAAUUGCAGAUCCUGUAUGCUUUGCCAAGGGAUUCCGGACUAUACAAGUGCCAAGUAUCUACUCACCCACCUCUUGUGAAAAAAAUUAACGUUAUCGUCACAGGUAAGAAAACACCUAUCUUAACAAUAACCGACGAUUCUGGGAGAACAGUUGCGAAGGAAAGGCACUUAAAAGCUGGAAGUGCACUUCGUUUGAGAUGCGAGGCUAGGGAUAUACUAGAAUCUCAAAAUGAAACGGUCAUUUGGAAGAGAGGAGAUGAAACACUCAUCGAAAACGUUAGCGAGAACAGGACUACAGAGAUGACUGAGGGUAAGGAGGUUUAUGUGAUAGUAACUACUCUGAUCGUGGAAAGAGCAAGCCCGAGGCAUGCUGGUAACUACAGUUGCGUGGUACCUGGAAUAUCCAAGACGACUAUAGCUGUUCAUGUUCUCAAUGGAGAACUACCAGCUGCAGUGCACGAUGGAAACGGAGUAUCACGUGCUGUCCUCAAUCUCUGGCUGAUUCAUUUGACAGUGAGCUACGUUUUCUUCAGAUGACAAUAUUAAG